AUGGCUUUAGCACGCCAUGUUUUCGUGUUAUUGUCUGUGUUAGUGUUGUCAUGGGGACUAGAGAGAUGUGAGGCUGCUGGUAAAUUCAGCUUCGAAGUUCACCACAUGUUCUCUGAUGCUGUCAGGCAGAAUCUCGGCUUUGACGGUCUUGUCCCUAAAGAAGGAAGUUUGGAGUACUUCAAGUUUUUGGUCCAACGUGAUCGCUUGAUCAGAGGUAGAGGUCUUGCCUCCAACAACGAUGACUCCCCUCUCACUUCCGCUCAUGGAAACCUCACGGUUUUUGCCAAUUUCUUGGGAUCACUACAUUACGCAAAUGUAUCUGUGGGAACACCAGCUACAUGGUUCCUGGUGGCUUUGGACACAGGAAGCGAUUUGUUUUGGUUACCUUGCAACUGUGGUGUUACUUGCAUCCGUGACUUGAAAGAUGCUGGCUUUCCUGCGAGUGUACCACUGAAUCUAUACAGUCCCAAUACUUCUUCCACAAGUUCAAGCAUUAGAUGCAGUGACACUCGUUGUUUUGAAUCCAGACGCUGUUCUUCUCCUUCAAGUGUUUGUCCUUAUCAAGUCUCUGAAUCUAUUACCACAUCCUCUACGGGUACAUUGUUACAAGAUGUGUUGAAUCUCGUCACAGAAGAUGCGGAUUUAAAGCUUCUUGAAGCUAACGUCACACUUGGUUGCGGUCAGAUACAGACAGGUCUGUUCCAGAACAAUCAAGGAGUGAACGGUGUUCUCGGUCUUGGUGUGAAGGACUAUUCUGUUCCUAGCCUUCUUGCAAAAGCCAAACUCGCUGCAAACUCCUUCUCGAUAUGUUUCGGACGUGUCAUUGGAGUUGUGGGAAGAAUCAGUUUCGGAGACAAAGGCUACACAGACCAGUCUGAGACUCCCUUCGCAUCGGCGUAUGGUGUGAAUGUGACGGGACUAUCAAUAGGAGACAAACCUGUUGGUUUUAGCAUGUCUGCUCAGUUCGACACUGGCUCAUCAUAUACACAUUUAAGCGAGCCAGCUUAUAGUGCUUUUACCAAAGCUUUUAACAGUCUUGCCUUUGACAUUCGAGAACCAUCCGAUCCUCGGUUUCCGUUUGAGUUCUGUUACAACUUGAGUGCAAACGCUACAAACAUUACUUUCCCGCCAAUAGAUAUGACUUUUGGAGGAGGAUCAGUAAUGAGCAUCAAGAAUCCUUUUGUCACAAUACAGACCGAGUCAGGGGGCAGGAUUUACUGCUUGAGUAUUCUGAAGAUUAAUGAUCUUAUAAGCCCUAACAUCAUUGGACAGAACUUGAUGGCUGGUUACCGCAUUGUAUUCGACCGGGAGAGGAUGGUUUUGGGUUGGAAACGGUCUAACUGUUUUGAGGAUGAAAGCUUAACAUCUACUCCACCAGCAGAGUUUGGAGAUCCUUCACCACCACCACCAGAGUCUGAAACUCCUUCACCACCAGACUCUGAAUCUCCUUCACCACCAGACUCUGAAUCUCCUUCACCACCAGAGUCUGAAGCUCCUCCACCACCCACAGAAUCCAAUCCACUGCUUCGUUCUCCUCCUCCUCCUCCUGCUACACCGCCUCCAAUUGACCCUCGUGGCUUCACUGGAAGUCCUGGCUCAAGCGGUGUAGCCAAUGUCAUCCCUCUUGCAUCUCAACUGCUGCUUCUGCUACCUCUUUUGGCCUUCUUCUAAUUCACAAAAGGCAUUGGUUUUGUGUUUGGUUUGACCAUUUAAUGUUUCAUUUAAUAAGAGUCUUUGUUUGAUGAGCAUAAGCAAUAUUCAUUUGUUUGAGAAUUGUAAUAUUAUCUGAUCUCCCUGUUACAGCAAUGUAUGUUUUUUUUUGUUAUAUUAAUG